AUGUCAUCUAACCCCAACAACUUACCUCCCAAUGUUGGCAUCCUGGCUGAUGAUCUCAUGCAUGCCACCUCCAUCCUCCAGCUCUUGCUGGGAUCAUCACAGGGAGACACUGAGUCGAGAAAUGCACUGUUAGUGUGUCUGGGGUUUCUUAUGGGCCCACUGCCAGCUCCUCUGGCUCCCAAAUCUCAAGCCAUAUCCUCUCCUGCACUACCAGUCAACACUCCUCCCAUUGAUGUCAGUCAAGACAAACUGGCUCCCACAACUACCACUGCCCUGGUUGACCACACCCCUGCAGAGCCCAUGCCUGUGACUGUUGUCAUCCAGGGACUGGACCCCAGCCCUGCUCUUGACCUCCCAACCUUUGACAUGCUCCCAGAUGCUCCAUCAUCCACAUCCAUGUCCACUGUCAUGCCUUCUCAUACACCCUCUCCCUUGCUCCUGGGUCCCUUGGACCCUCCAUCUCCUCUCACACCAACUGUUUUGCCCAAUUGUCCAGCCUCUGUCCCAGAUGCUGCCACACCUGCAGAUCCUACCAUGCCCACCUGCCAGGCACUUGACACUUCUGAGCCUGGCCUGGAUCGUCUUCCUGCUGACUCUCCCUUGACUGGCCACAUGUCCCUUGAUCAUCCUUCAAAUGACUUGGUGCAGUCCCAAGCUUGGGUCCAGGUGCUUUGCACAGGCUCUACUCCUCCCACUCUCACUCCUCCUCAGUACCCUGCCAAACCCAUUGUCAAAAUCACCCAAAGGCUGACUCAUGCUUUGAAACAUUCUUGCAUCAAGUCUCCUUCUCCCAGUCUGACUCCUCCUCCUUCAACUUCUGGUGCAUCCUCUUCUAACUCAGUGCCAACUUCAUCAACUUCUAGUUCCCCUCCUUCACUGCCUUCACUUUCCAAUGCUGAGAUGCUGGUUGUGCUUUGCAAAGCCCUUUGCACCAUGACUGAAGUGUUAGACCAGGCCUCAAAGGGCCAUGUCACAUCCAAGUAG